AUGCGCAGUGGGAGGGCGGCGGGGUGUCAUGGCGGGCGGCUCCGCGCUGAGCGCGGCCUUGUCCGUGUUGGUGCUGAUGGCGGCGGGGGCUCGGGGCCUUUAUUUCCACAUCGGGGAGACCGAGAAACGGUGCUUCAUCGAGGAGAUACCGGAUGAGACCAUGGUCAUCGGGAACUACCGGACCCAGCUGUGGGACAAACAGUCCGAGUCCUUCCUGCCCUCCACCCCGGGGCUGGGGAUGCAUGUGGAAGUGAAGGACCCCGAUGGCAAGGUGGUGCUGUCCAGGCAAUACGGCUCCGAGGGGCGUUUCACCUUCACCUCCCACACCCCGGGGGAGCACCAGAUCUGCCUGCACUCCAACUCCACCCGCAUGGCUCUGUUUGCUGGGGGCAAACUGAGGGUCCAUCUGGACAUCCAGGUGGGGGAACACACCAACAACUACCCCGAGAUCGCAGCUAAGGACAAGCUGACCGAGCUGCAGCUGCGAGCCAGGCAACUGCUGGACCAGGUGGAGCAGAUCCAAAAGGAGCAGAACUACCAGCGGGUGGGCACCACAUACACUGUGUGCCACAUAGACCCCCCCAGACCCCAUAACCCCUUUCUGACCCACAUAACCACCCCCUAGACCCCAUAACCAUCC